UCUUGCGCGUGAGUUUCACAAUCAAUGGACGGCAACGUGACCAUGAAGAGCACCUUCCAAUACUGGCUGGUUAAGCAUCCAACAAUCCUCAACUUCAAAUGGAUCCCGGGGGAAACUCCAUGCUCUACUCCACUAUUCCUUGCAGUCACCAUUGGUUCCUACCUCGCCCUGACUCUGUUCCUCUCCAAUAUCCCCCUCUCGCUCAUCAAGCCCCGCCGUCUCAAGCCGGUUACUAUCGCUCACAACGUAGUCCUGCUGGUGUGGUCACUCAUCAUGUCCGUGGGUUCGUUGGUUACCAUUUUCUCCCACGCGCCCUACCCGUUCUGGAUCAUCUGCCUGCCGCCAAAAACCCCGCCAACUGGGCCACUCUUCUUCUGGGCGUACAUCUUCUACCUCUCGAAAAUCUACGAGUUUGUCGACACCCUCCUCAUCAUCGUCAGCGGCUCUUUCCACCGCCUCACUUUCCUCCACGUGUACCACCACACCAUGGUGCUGCUCAUGUGCUAUCUCUGGCUCCACACCUCCCAGUCUCUCUUUCCGGCCGUCAUCGUCGCCAACGCCACCGUCCACGUGGUAAUGUACACUUACUACCUGAUGUCGACUCUCGGAGCGAGGCCCAAGUGGAAGAAGAGAGUGACCGAGUUUCAGAUAUUUCAGUUCAUGUCCAGCUUCGUCGGGUUGGUGUGGAUGCUCUACUAUCAUUUCAACAGGGAGUGUGGUUGCUCUGGGAUCUGGGGAUGGUGCUUCAACAUCUUCUUCUACGUUUCUCUUCUGUUUUUGUUUAUGGACUUCCAUUCUAAGAGUUAUGGUACCUCCAAGAAAGAUAUCUAGCUCAUGUUAGAAUUUUCAGAGAAAUCGAUCGAAAAUCCAAAUUGAAGAUCAGCCAUUCAUGAUCAAUCGAUCAUGGACUAGUACUUUGUAUUCUCUAGUAGAGUCUUAUGUCAUAGAUUCACUUCUGUAACAUGAAUUAUAUCUUGCUAU